GGCAUUGCCAACAUAAAAGUGUUAUUCUGAUUUGUUAUCUGUAUUAUAAAUGUAGCCAAGGAUUGGUUACUUAUUUUUAUUAUCUGUGUCUCUCUCUUCUCCAACUAUGGCCGCCAUGAGCGGGUGCUAUUUUAUAUUGUAAUUGUGAAAGUACAAUAAACCAGUGAAAAUAACCAGCCUCCUUUUUAAUGAUACAGUCCAACUAAGUAAUAAACUCAACAUGGUCCUAUCUCACCGUUUAUUAACAUCGUGAGUACUUUCGCCGAGACACUUUCGCCCGGCAACAUGGUGGCACGCAUGGUGCACGAGCUGUCUACACGCCGUUCUCACAGCGGAAAGGAGCGCCAUUAAUAUUUAUAGUAGCCGAAUUGUCGCACGUUCAGUGCUAUACGUCGUGCACUCAACAUCGAGCUACACAACCCAAGAACUGACCUGGUGCACGUGCAGUCUGGACGCCGUGCACUCGGCCUCAUCGAGCUACGUGACGCUAUCACCGAAUUGGUGCACGUGCAGUCUGCACGCCGUGCACUGCGGACUCAUCGAGCUUCGAAUCGUAAUCCUCGACAAGAUACACGUGCAGUCUACACGCCGUGUGCUCGGAAAAUUUAAAUACGUGACGUGAUUAACAAACUGAUACACUUGCAGUCUACACGCAGUGUAGUCAUCAAUUUGAACUACGCAUCGUAAUUUAUUUAAGACCCGACCUGUGGUACGUGCAGUCCAGUACGCCGUGCUCUCAGCAGGAUAGGACAUGGAACUAACUGAUUUGCAUUGACUUUAAAUAUUUUAAUAGUGACAAUAGUGUUUUAUAGACAUUACAGUAAUUAAUUUAGAUUGUAUACUGUGUGCUGUGAAGCAAUGAGUAAUUUGAGUGGAAUGUCGCUGGCGGACCUUGUGGCCGGGAGGGGCUACGUUAAGGCCAAAAUUUCAAGAACUUGUAACUCAGUGAAGAUAACUGAUUCAAAUGAGAUGUUACUAAAUCAAAAAACUAGAUUAUUAGAAGCAUUCAAAGAAUAUGAAGAUUACAACAUAAACAUACUAAAGUUAGAAUCUAAUGACACUGAACCUAUUGAGGAAUAUGAAAAUAAAUACUUAAAUGCAUUAACAAUUAUUGACGAAGAAAUCAACAGACGCAAUGCCCACUCUCCCUCCACGAGGCCCGAACAGGUGGUAAAAUUGCACCAGCCUAUCAAGUUACCACCCAUAGACAUACCUUGCUUUAGUGGUAAGUUCUCAGAGUUUAUACCAUUUAUAAAUUUAUUUAAUUCCCUAAUUGACAAAAAUGAUGCACUUGACAGUGUACAGAAACUGUAUUAUUUGCGAUCACACCUAAAGGGUGAACCCUUAGACAUAAUAAAGAACCUGCCGCUAACUAAUACUAGUUAUAAUGAAGCAUUAACAAUAUUAAAUGAAAGAUAUAACAACAAACUAAAAAUCAUAAAUGAACAUAUUUGUGUAUUGCUUGACCUCAAGCCAUUAGUAAAAUCAACAUCAAGCAGCCUAAGAGAGUUUGUCUCAUCUAUUAAACAGCAACUAGCAGCUCUAGCCAAUCUAGAACCCUCAGUCAAAUAUUGGGAUGCUAUAAUAUUAUGUGUACUCUCCCGAAAACUAGAUGCCUACACAGCCAGAGCAUAUCACAUGGAGCGGGACGCUGACACAGACCCAACAAUGGAAGGCUUCCUUGACUACCUAGAGAGGCGUGCACUGGCCUUAGAAAAUGCUGAACCAGGGACAUCGGGACAACCUCGCUACUUGCCUGCUAAUAAGACUGUACUAAUAGCAACUGAAAAAACGCUGCAGUGUGAUUUAUGCAUUGAUACUAACGGGUCCAGCAUACCAGCCAUCGAGUCACCAGCAGGCGACUGGCAGCGAACAGGGGAAGAAUGCAGCUCGAUCGCAGUUUGAGCUGUCAACCCAGCCCACCAUAGUUAACACCCAAUUUGGUCACAUUAUCGGAGGUGGCCUACCACAUCUAGUAGCAUGCAAUAAGGUAGUAUGCAACAAGGUUGUUUUAAAGUGCACUAAUUGUGACACUGAACUUUCUGAUGCCUUGUCAAAAUUUUGGCAAACUGAGAAUGUUCCUCAAAUUUUCAAUGAAAAGUUCUCAGAGCAUGAACUAUGUGAGGAUAUAUUUCAAAAAACUAUUCAACUGAAAAACAAUCAAUUUCAAGUUGCACUUCCACUGAAACUGCCUCUUGACGUAAUCAAGGAUGAAUUGGGUGACUCAUUUCAUUUUGCAUUAAAAAGAUUUAAUAAUCUUGAGAAGAAAUUUGAUCAAAAUCCUGAAUUCUUUGCUGAAUAUAAGAAAUUCAUUCAUGAAUACUUGUCUUUGAACCAUGGGCACUAUGU